AUGCGUCAUGUCCGUGCUUCUUCUCAACAUCUCAUUCAUCAUUAUGCUUCCAAACCCAGCCGUCUCUCAGUCUCUUCUUCCCCCCGCUAUUUCGGCACCAACCGUAGCGAGUCACUCGAUUCCUUGGACGGCCUUCUUCGAGGUUGCUCUAGGGUUCAGCAAUGCCAGCAGGUUCACGCGCAGGCCACCGUCACCGGAAGCACUGGCUCCGGUUUCCUGGCUUCCCAACUGGUAUCUACGUACGCUCGUUUUGGCCGUCUCUUGGAUGCCCAGAUGGUGUUUGAUUCUCAGAGCCAAUCGGAUUGCUCUUCCAACCCGAUUCUUUGGAAUUCGAUUCUCAGAGCUAAUGUCUCCGGUGAGUGGUAUGAAAACGCUCUCAAUUUGUAUGCUAGAAUGCGCAAGUUUGGAAAUUUAGGCGAUGGUUUCACCCUCCCUUUGGUGAUUCGGGCGUGUAGAAACGUGGGUUGUCAAGGGAGGAAGAGUUCUAGGUUGUGUCAGAUUGUUCAUUGUCAUGUUAUUGAGGCUGGUUUGCGAACCCAUCUCCACGUCUCGAACGAGUUGAUUGGAAGGUAUGCGAAACUGGGACGGAUGGUUGAUGCACGCAAAGUGUUCGAGAGAAUGCGUGUUAGAACCACUCUGUCGUGGAAUAUGAUGGUUUCCGGGUAUUCCUUCAAUUGUGAUGCUGUUGCUGCCCUUGAUAUCUUUCGAAGGAUGGAGACCGAAGGAUUGGAACCUAAUCUCGUGACAUGGACGUCUCUCCUAUCAAGCCAUGCGCGUUGCGGGUUAAGUCUAGAAACCAUGAAGCUGUUCAGUUCGAUGCGGAAGAAGGGAAUUGGGGUGAAUGGUGAAGCACUUGCCGUCAUCUUGUCAGUCUGUCCCGAUCUCGGUGCAUUUCGUAUAGGAAAGGCGAUUCAUUGUCAUGUUAUAAAGGAUGGUUUCCAGGAUUACUUGUUCGUGAAUCAUUCCCUGAUAUGCUUGUAUGGCAAGAGUGGAAAUGUAACUGAAGCGCAGACCUUGUUCCAGGAGAUUGGAAACAAGAACACAGUAAGCUGGAACGCUUUGAUAACAUCUUAUGCUGAUGCCGGCUUAUGUGAUGAAGCUUUCGGAAUUUUCUCGCAGAUGGAGAGACCUGUGUUUGAGAGAACUGAGGGUAAAGAUGUGAUUUCAUGGAACUCCAUCAUCAAAGGAUUUGGGAUGCAUGGACUUGGCAUCAAAGCUCUACAGAUGUUUGAUCGUAUGAUCACUUCUGGCCAUCAGCCGGAUGGGAUAACCUUUGUUGCGAUUCUCUCAGCUUGUAGUCAUGCUGGACUUGUUGACCAAGGCCGUUUGCUUUUUAAUAAUAUGGUUUCCAAGUAUGGAAUUGAACCAGGGAUGGAGCACUAUGCUUGCACAGUGGAUUUGUUGGGUCGGUCAGGUUUCCUUGAAGAGGCAAGCGAAGUUGUUAAGAAGAUGCCGAUGGAGCCUAAUGAUUGUGUGUUGGGUGCUCUGUUGAACUCAUGUAAAAUGCAUACUAACACGACUUUUGCAGAGAAUGUUGUGUCUCGAAUGUCAAGUCUUGUAUCUGAGAGUCCUUGGAGCUGUACGUUGAUGAUGAAUAUAUAUGCAGGUAGUGGUAAGUGGGAGGAUUCUGCCAAGGAGAGAGCCUCUGCAAGGAGUAAAGGGUUGAAGAAAGCUGCUGGGCAGAGCUGGAUUGAGGUGAAGAAGAAGUUCCAUAAGUUCGUGGCAGGGGAUUGCUUGGAGGAGAAGAAUUCAGGGGAGAUCUUUAGGGUUCUUGGGGGACUGACGAAUCAGAUGGAGGAUAUCAGUGAUGACUAUGUCAUCUUUUUGAAGUUGAUGAUGUUGGACUAA